AUGUCUAACAAGAAGGCUGCCCCUAAGGCUGUUGAAAAGGUCACUCUCGGUCCUCAAGUUCGUGAAGGUGAACUUGUUUUCGGUGUUGCUCACAUUUUCGCUUCUUUCAAUGACACCUUCGUUCAUGUCACCGAUCUCUCUGGUCGCGAAACCAUCUCUCGUGUUACCGGUGGUAUGCAAGUCAAGGCUGAUCGUGACGAGUCUUCUCCUUAUGCUGCCAUGUUGGCCGCUCAACAAGUUGCUGCUAAAUGUAAAGAGCUCGGUAUCAAUGCUCUUCACAUCAAGAUGAGAGCUACUGGUGGUACCGGUACCAAGACCCCCGGUCCUGGUGGUCAAGCUGCCCUCCGUGCUCUUGCUCGUGCUGGUAUGAGAAUUGGUCGUAUUGAGGAUGUUACCCCCAUUCCUACUGACUCUACUCGUAGAAAGGGUGGUCGUCGUGGUCGUCGUCUCUAA